AUGGAGGAGUCCAUCGAUGUGCAUCCCUUGAAACAUCGGAGAGGUCCUGGAGACGAAGAAGAUUACGAAACGCCUGUACGACCCGGUGAUGGUCGGAAAGCGGUCAAAUGGGAUCGUGGACUCGAGGUCUCGGCUUUCCUGGAUGAAAUUGAAGUACAGCCAAGAAAAUACCGUGCUGGAGAAGGUGCAGCACCUCGUAAGGGUUGCUUGAGUGCAGGACCGAACAGAGUUGCGCUAGAUAAUUUAGGAAACCCAGUGAACGCCGAAGCACCGCUCGAACUCGCACCAGAGAAGGUCCUCGUAACGAAGUACGUCUACGACAAUGAUGAAGAGGCUCUACUAUUCGCGCCACCCCCCGCAAAGACUACACGAAGUAAGACAAAGAAGAAGUAA